AUGAGAAUCUCUGUGUUGGCGGCUUUAUUCUCCGGGGUGCUGGCUGCUGCCUCGCCAACACUUGACAGACGACGACAGCCUCUAACAAAUGCAAACUCAACCGAUCUAGCAAACAUCGGCUUUGCAACUCAGAAUGGAGGGACAACCGGUGGCCUCGGUGCCAAUGCGACAACCGUUACUACCCUUGCCGAGCUCAGUGCCGCCGUCUCGGAAACCAACCCACUGCCCGCCAUAGUCUUCAUUAAAGGAGCCAUCACUGGUGCCACAAAGGUCAGAGUGGGGAGUAACAAAAGCAUCAUCGGCCUCCCUGGGUCAUCCCUCAGGGGAAUCGGCUUCAUAAUACGCCACCAAAAGAACGUCAUCAUCCGGAAUCUUGUCUCGUCUCACGUCGUUGCCUCAUUAGCUGAGGAUGCCGUGAAGAUUGACAGCAGCACCAACAUAUGGAUUGAUCACUGCGAGUUCUCCUCCGCUCUCGUUGCAGAUAAAGACUAUUAUGAUGGUCUUGUGGACGCCUCUCAUGGUUCAGACUUCAUCACGGUUUCCCAAAAAGCACCUACUUCCACGACCAUUGGAAGACGACUCUCAUUUGGCACAGCCCACAUCUUCAACAAUCUCUACGAAAGUGUUGGCAGCGCAAUCAACACCCGCAUGUCCGCCCAGGUCCUGGUUGAGUCCAAUUACUUUCUGAAUGUGACCACAGCAGUGACAAGCAAAGAUUCGAAAGAAGUCGGAUAUGCAAGGUUGGAGGAUAAUGUCUUUGGGAGGGCAGCCAGUAACGCGCCGGUGGGGAGCUUGACCAAACAGACGAUUCCGUACGCGUAUACUCUCUUGGGAAGUGGAAAGGUGCAAGGGGCAGUGCCCUUACAGGCGGGGGCGAGACUGAAUGUUACCGUGCCGGUGCCUGUACAGCCAGAGCCAACAACGACUUCUUCGUCGACAACCACAUCGCAGACAAGCAUGUCCACUACAACAACUUUAGUGACCACCACGUCUGCUCCAAUUACAACCACGUCGGUCAUAAGCACCCCGAGUACGACUACAUCGAUUACUAGCAUCAUGGUCACUACCACCUUAGUCGAGUCGCCAACCACAGUCGAGCCAACAGUAGAGCCUACAACUACUGAGCCCACAACAACCACUGAGCCAACCACUACCUCUGACCCAACCUCAGCAACUGAGCUGACUACUACCUCUGAGCCGACCCCAACAAUGGAAUCUCCCACUGAAGCCCCAACUACAGCAGAGCCUACAACAACAGCAGAACUGACAACAAUGACCACAAACCCAGAGCCAACCGAGUCCACCGACCCGGACACCUCCCAACCAACCGAGACACCCAACCCCACCACACCAUAUAACAGGCGUGCAGCCUCUAGGAGCAAAGCAGACAAAGCCAGGGGAGGCGCAGCAACGAGCAUAAGAGGUGCCCUGGGCAAAGGUGAGGCCGUUGCAGAGCUAGGUAUCCACUUUGUCAGCUUAUUCCUGUCAGAUAUAGAAACACGUGAAAAAACAACGUACGGUGCCUCCGUUGCCCAAAGUCCCACCAACAGACCGGCAGCAGGUGGCCGUGUCAGGAGGGGGGGAGGGCUCGCCGCUGCCGGAGGAGCAGCCGCAGUCGUAGACGCAGGUCUGGCGCGCGUCGAUCUCGCUGUCGGGCUGGGGAGCCGCCGAGACGAGGGCCGUGAGGGCGAGGAUGAGGGUGGUGGUGAACUUCAUCUUGAAGGUUUGUUCUCGUCGAAAGUGUUGUUUGAAUAG